AUGGUCCCUAAGCGGAAGACUCCAUUGGAAGGGCCCCUUACCCCAAAACGGGCCCGAAAACAGUCUACACUCGACCACUCAGAUCCAAUUUACGAAGAGACACACUCAGAUGUUGAGUACUCAGCAUCAAGGACACCAAGUGUAGCUAGUGAUGACCUCAACGAAACCCCCGCGACGCCAUUCUCAACGAGCUCCGCCCGAUAUCCCUCCGAACUCAAAAAUCAUCGAUGUCCCUUUGACGGGUGCACGAAAGCCUUCAAUCGCCCCGCCCGGUUGCAAGAGCAUCUUCGAUCACAUAACAAUGAACGUCUUUUUCAAUGUACAUUUGAGGACUGCGACAAGACUUUCUUACGAGCAUCCCAUCUCCACCACCACAUCAAGAGUGCCCACACCGGAGUCCGGGACUACGUCUGCGAUCGCCCGGGCUGUGAGAAGAGCUUUGUGACCGGCUCAAGACUCCGUCGACAUUUGGCUGCGCAUGAUGGAAGGGAUAAGUAUCGCUGUACUGAGUAUCCGCCCUGCGACGAGACCUUCCGGAAGCAUUCAACCCUGCAAAAGCACAUCACCACCGUGCAUCUCCAAGAAAAACCAUUUGCGUGUCCCCACGUCGACCCGACUACGGGCCAGAAAUGCCCGAUGGCUUUUGACACGGCGGGCCAUCUUCGAGCCCAUGAAAGCAGGGUCCACACAGAGAGACGUUUUAGCUGUGCCGAGUGUGCUCAACACCUGCAAGACCAACCAUCCGAUACCAACCUCACCGAGGACGCUGUGAUCUUUUCCUCCUAUGCCCUCCUCCAAUCUCACAUCCGGACUGUUCAUCCUCCCAAAUGUCUCCACUGUCCCAUUAUCUGCUCGACGUCUCGCGAGCUUCGGCGCCAUCUGGAGGUGGCCCACGGCGAUGUCAGCUUAGAAGAAAGAAAAACGUUCACAUGCACCGCCGCCGGCUGCGACCGUCGCUUCACCAAGAAGGGCAACCUGACCGUCCAUAUCCGGACGGUGCACGAGGGCGAGAAACGGUUUGCCUGUGGCGAGACCGACCUGUCCACCUCGAAGAAGGUCGCCGGCUGGGACGGCAUCGGGUGUGGGAAACGGUACGGCAGCAAACUCGCUCUCGAGGAGCAUGUGCGCACCGCCCACCUGGGUUUCCAGAAUGCCAAGGCAGAGCGGCGGCAGCGGCUAGGGUUGACCCAGGAUUCCAGUACCGGCCAGCAGGUCUCCACUCUGGCGGCACUGACGGGCCAGGGCUAUGCGGAGGAAACGGGCCGUCACAUCCGUUGCUUCGACGAUUCCUGCGAGCAUCGCUUCCAUCGCGACUACGACCUGUGGAUGCACAUGGGCACCAAGCAUGGCUGCUCUGAGGACGAGGUCCAGGGUCUGUUCAUGCAGCGGGCCCUGCUGGCGGAUGACACUGGGCCGGGGGGCAACUCUCUAGGGAUCUAUGGUCUGGAAUUUGACAACGAUGUGCAGCCCUUUUUCCAUGAACCAUCUCAGCUGGCGGGCAACCCCCCGCCUCACGACUCGUCUCUUGUUCUUGACCAGACUGGUCUGGACUCUGAUUUUAUGAUGCAUGAUUUUCCCAGCCACGAUGAGAUGGCUAUGAUUGAUCCUGUUCUGGCAUAUCAUUUGAUGGAAGAGUAG